AUGCCGCGGGUCCGGGGCGACGAGGCCCGGAGCGGCCCGGCGCCGUCGGCUCAGGGUGCGAGUGGGGAUCCGGAGAACACGGGCCGUCGCGAGGGGGCCGCCUCGUGGGAGCCCCGCGCGAGCAGCCAGAGCGGCAGGAAGAAGAACUACCAGCGGUACCCGAAGCCGCCCUACUCGUACCUGGCCAUGAUCGCCAUGGUGAUCCAGAGGUCCCCGGAGAAGAAGCUCACGCUGUCAGAGAUCCUGAAGGAAAUCAGCAAACUCUUCCCGUUCUUUGAAGGAAACUACAAGGGCUGGAGGGACUCGGUGCGACACAACCUGUCCUCGUACGACUGUUUCGUCAAGGUGCUGAAGGAUCCCGAGAAGCCGCAAGGAAAGGGUAACUUCUGGGUCGUGGACGUGAGCAAGGUGCCUCCGGAGCUCUUGAAGAGACAGAACACCGCCGUGUCCCGCCAGGACGAGGCCGUCUUUGCUCAGGACUUGGCCCCCUACAUCUUGCAUGGCCGUAGCCUCAAGAGCGAUGGCGCGCUCUGCCCGCCCCCCAGAGAUACCCCGCCCCCGCUAGAGGAAGAAGCAAGUCCCCCCAAGUUGGAUUCUUCCUUCGCCAUUGACUCCCUCCUGCACAGUCUUCAUCCACCUACCACAGAAGCUGGUGAGGAGAGGCUGAGGAAUAGGUUGCCCCCCGUCCUCAGCCGGUACCCCUACACCCACAGAGCGUCCAUCAGCUCCGCCAGCCCCGGCUCAUCAUCCUCGGACGAGGACUCGAGGAGCAGGUCCUGUCUGGGGAAGCACGGGCGCGAGGCGGGCCCUGGCGUGGACGAGGACUCCCAGUCAUCUGCGCAUAAGUUCUCCAGAGGGGAUUCCGGCCCGCCGUGGGAGCUUCCGACCUCCUAUGCCAAGUAUGCUCCCCCCAACGUGAUUGCCCCACCCAGCAUGUUCUUCAGCAGAAGCCCCUUCCUGCCCUUCAGGAGGCUGCCUUACUAUGGCUACCAUGCACCCCCUGCGACUCCCAGCCACUUUGUAAACCAUUCUUACUGGGCCCUCCCUACCAGAGGCAGCACCCCCCUCCAAACACCACCCCUCUAUUUGGAUCUAGACCGGCUCUUGCAGUCAGUCCCCCCAAACAAGAGUGUUUUUGACGUCAUGGGUGCCUCCAACCCCCUGCCGCACUCGCAGCCCGGGCAGUACAGCCUGCAGACUCCAUACUCCCACUACUAG